AUGAAUAAGGAAGUGUGUGGAAGGUUCAAGAAUGUAUGGACGAAUUUUACAUAUGAUUCGAGUAAAAAAAGCUAUCAAAUUAAAAAUGAUAAUGAUUUCAAAAAGUAUUGUAAUAAUCAAAAUUGUGUCGAUGAGCUCGAAAAAAUUAAUGCUGGAUGUUUAUAUUUGCUUAAUGAAUUCUUUCUUGAUUCUUCUUCACUUAAGAAUCAUGCAAAAAGUAAUCCCAAUAUUGUUGAAUACAUUAUGAUAUGGUUAAGUUAUAUAUUAAGCCUAAAGAAAAAUACUAGUACUAUCAGCCAUCUACAACAUUAUUAUGAUACAUAUAUAAAUGGUAGUGAAUAUUAUAAACAGUCUAUAAAUGGCGUUGAAGAUAAUAGAAAUUAUAUGGAUCUUUUAAAUAAAAAAAAACAUUUUUUGGAUAUGGAUAUUAAAUAUAUAUCUAAAUUUUAUGAAGUAUUUAAAUUAUUAUGUGAAAUAUAUGCUGAAUUUGAUGAAAAUACGUUAAAUUGCACAAACUUUUCGCAAAAAGCUAAUACAUUUGCUAAAAAAUAUAAUGAACUUUGUGAAAAUUCUGAUAUUACUAGUAAUAGCCCCUAUAAUCAAUUAUUGUCUAAUUUAUCAACUGAUUAUUAUAAUUUAAAAAAAAAAUGUGAAUAUAGUUCAUCCCUUCCAGAGAUAACAACAAAAUUUUUUGAACAAAGUUCUCAAGUUACAUUGAGUUCGUCGACAGUAAACAAAUUAUUUAUAGUUUUAUCGAUAUUUGGGGCAAUAGGAAUUUUUUUAGGAAUUUCUUAUAAGUAUUCGUUAUUUGGAUUUCGGAAACGAUUUCAAAAACAAAAAUUAAAAGAAAAACUAAAAAAUAUAAAGAAGAAAAUGAAUCAUUAA